UUUAAAAAAAACUGUUGAGUUUUCAGUGUGUACAAAAAUUUCAUAAAUUCUUGAGAACAAAAACUGAACCAAGUGAAGCCCCAUUUUGCUCCCAACAAAAGGAGUGGGUCCGAACGCAACCAGGCUGUUUAUUGUUCCAUUCUGUCUUUGAAGCUUUUUCUUUUUCUUUGCCAAGAUCUCUCUCACAAUCGACACCCCCUUAACCUUUUUCUUUUCUUUUCUCUUGUUUCUUCAUCACUAAUGGUUUUUGUUGUACAAAUGAAAGUAGAAAUAGAAAAAAAACUUUCAUUCUGAGAGAUCUCAGAGGUUUUUUUUCACUUAAUAUUAUAACAGAUGAGUUGUUAGGAAAUGGGGAGGAAAGGGAAUUGGUUUUCUGCUGUGAAGAGAGCUCUUAGCCCUGAAUCAAAGGAAAAGAAAGAUAAGAAAAACGAUAAAUCGAAGAAAAAUUGGUUCGGAAAACGGAAGAAGUCGGAUCUGGUUUCUGUGUCUAAAGAAACCACCAAAUUAGCUGUUCCUGCCUCUACUCCUCCUCCAACACGUCCUCCUCCUCCUCCUCCUGCUCUUUUCGAAGAUGUAAAAUUAACUGAAGCCGAGAAUGAGCAGAGCAAGCAUGCUUACUCCGUGGCUAUGGCCACAGCUGCUGCUGCAGAGGCAGCUGUUGCUGCUGCUCAGGCUGCUGCAGAGGUUGUUCGCCUCACGGCUGUGUCACGUUACCCUGGAAAAUCAAAGGAGGAAAUUGCAGCUAUCAAGAUUCAAACGGCAUUCAGAGGAUACUUGGCAAGGAGGGCCUUGCGGGCUUUGAGAGGAUUGGUGAGGCUGAAAUCAAUGAUACAAGGACAAUCUGUUAAGCGGCAAGCAACCACCACAUUAAAAUGCAUGCAGACUCUUGCUCGUGUUCAGGCUCAGGUUCGAGAAAGGAGGAUUAGGAUGUCAGAGGAGAACCAUGCUCUCCAACGACAACUCCAACAAAAGCAUGAGAAAGAGCUUGAGAAGUUUAGAGCUUUUCAAAUUGGGGAAGAAUGGAAUGAUAGCUUACAGUCUAAGGAGGAAAUUGAAGCAAAACUACAACACAAGCAGGAAGCUGCUAUGAGAAGAGAGAGGGCAUUGGCUUAUGCAUUUUCUCAUCAGCAUGUGUUGAAGAACUCUUCAAAGUCUGGAAAUCAAACAUUUAUGGAUCCAAACAAUCCCCACUGGGGUUGGAGUUGGUUAGAGCGAUGGAUGGCAGCCCGACCAUGGGAGAGCCGAAGCACUGUCGAUAACUUUGACCAUGGUUCUAUUAAGAGUGCAGCGAGCCGCGCCAUGUCUAUUGGGGAAAUAAGCAGAGCAUUUUCACUUCGUGAUCAUAAUAAACCUUCCCCAACUGCACAUAAAUCAAACCGACUUCCCAGUCAUAAAUCACCUUCAACUCCUCCAUCCAAAGCACCAUCUUCAUCAUCAGUAACCGGGAAAAUAAGGCCACCAAGUCCACGAGGGAGUCAAUGGGGUGGGGAUGAUGACUCUAGAAGCAUGUUUAGUGCACAAUCUGAACAAUACAGGAGGUACAGCAUUGCAGGCUCAUCAGUUGGUGACGACGAGAGUUUUGCAAGCUCCCCUUCAGUUCCAAGUUACAUGGCACCAACAAAGUCAACAAAGGCUAGAUCGCGCCCAAGCCCGUUGGGAGUAGACAAAAAUGGGACACCAGAGAAGGGAUCAAUGGGUUCUGCAAAGAAGCGGCUCUCAUUCCAUGCUUCCCCAGCCGGGCCAAGGAGGCAUUCGGGUCCUCCAAGGAUGGAAUGUACCUCCAUAAAGGAUAUUGAAGCGCACACAGAAGAGAAAGUUACCAAUGGAAUCGUCAGGUAGUGCAAGAAACACAACCAAAAAAAAAAAAGAAAAAAAAAAAUUACAAAUUUAGAUAAAAGUGCAGAUGAAGAAGAAUGAAUAAAAGAUGGGUUAAAACUUUGUUUUUAUCUUCAUUAUCUUCUCUAUCAACUGCACUAGAAAAAAGGUGCAAGGGAAGAAAGAGUGAAUAAAAAUGGAUUAUUGUUAUAUAUAUAUAUCUAUUAGUUAUAUUUGUCGUGGAAUAUCAACAUCUUUUCUCUUCUUCUUGAACAGCUGCUCUAGUUAGAAAUAUUACUUAUAAUUUAGUAGGAUUGGUUUGGUUCGGUGACAUUAGUUUAAUGAUUUUUUGUUAAAUAUUUGUUAUGAUUGUAGUCUUUUUUUCUUUUCCUCCUUUUUGGUCAGUUUUA